AGAUAGCCAAGAUGGAUGACGACAGGUGAAGCGGCGGAGCGGGCUUCCUCCGAUGCCUUUCCCUCAACUCCCGCCGCCGUUCUCCCUGUCGGCCGCAUCACGACGACCCGUUCGACGACAGAGAGUGAACCGAGCGGUUCCAUGAGCACGCAGCCGGGAUGCCGAAGCGCAAGCUCGAGGACGACCAGAGCGAGCCCGACGAGCUGGCCGUGCCGCUGCCCAUCCAGACCUUCCUGUGGCGACAGACCAGUCCCUUUAUACGCCCGAAAAUUGGCAAGACCCACGAUGCAUCGGCGAUGGAACAACGAGAAGCAUGCAAGUCGUUUGAGAAAGUUCUGGUGCAAAACAUUCAGUUUGGCCUAUCACCCAGUCUGACUGUUGCCAUCAAAAGCAUCAGAAGGUGGCGCCUGGUGCGCGCAGCCCUGCCGCACGUGAUGCACUGCUGCGCUGCGCUGCUGCAUGCGCGCAAGGAAAGCUGCCUGGAGAAGCUGGGCUCGGCCGAAACCAAGCUGCUCUACACUCUCCACUGGAUCCUGCUGGAUGCGGCUGAGGAGUGUAGCGACGCCGAGCACGCCGGGGGCCCCGACCCCGCUCGCUACGUCUUCCCCAUCAGCGUUAUACAGGUGUUUGUGUACCUGUUUGCGCCACUGAUCCCGUUCCUGAAGCAGUCGGACUUUGUGGGCAGCUUCCGGCUGGAGAAUGGGGUGCGCAUUUGGGAGCCCCUCUGGGAGUUCCGGCACCCCAGUGUGCCCUGCUUCACGGCCCCCGUGCAGCCCCACGGGGCCAGGGCGGGAUCUCGGGGAGACCUGGAGCUGCGCAGGCCCCAUUACGGGGACGUCUUCCUCGGGGGGGCCCCGGGGGCCAAGCUCAGGAAGCAGGAGUCUUCCAAGACUGGGACUGACGAAAACGAGGGCAGCGGCCGCACUUCUCCUGACCCAAUUCCUACCAGCAGGGCUUCCUCGGCAUCUGCCAUGAAAGAAGGGAUGGACUCCGAAAUCAACGUCCCUUUGAGCAAGGACACCGAGAUGAGAGCGGCCAUCUUGGAAGGCUGUCGUCCAAGUCCUUCCAAAUCUCAGGGCGAGCUGGGCGCACGUCCCGAGCGUUCUGCCGACCGCAAGGAGGCGAUCCUGGCGGACCCCUGCAUGGCCACCUACCUGGACGUCUCUGUGCUGCGCUGUCUCUUCAUCUCCCAGUGGCUGGAGGAGGGCGUCCACUGGGCACUCCAGUUCCUCCUCAACCGACUGCGUGCCGUGGCAGAAGAGCAGUCCCGGGAGGUGCGUCCGCGCAGACGCAGCAGCUCGCUGCCCGUGGCCCGGGCGGAGGCGCCCCCCCCGCCCUCCCCCAAACAACCCCCGCAGCCGUCCCCCGUUGCGGCGCGGCCCCUGCCGCCCCUGGGUCCCCCCUGCGGACCCCCAAGCCACCACGCCAGCAUGCAGGAGCUGAGGCAGCAGCCCCUCCCCCACCGCGACAUGCCCUCCCCCGACCUGCGCCGGCACCGGCGUCUGAACCGGGGAGACCUGCGCGCCUUCGUGGAGGAAAGGCUGCGCCUCUCGGAGCGCAUCCUGGACCGCCUGGGACGCGACGACGACGACGUGGCGCUGCACCGACCCGCCCCGGCCCCCGACGCCCCGCCCGAGGGCCCCGCACUCGCCGCGGUCGAGUCGCAGCCUCUACCGCCCGAGGCGGCGCCACCGCCACCGCCGCCGCCGUCGACCUUUGAGCGCGUGGGCCGCGUGCCCGCGCCUCCCUUGCAGCGCCCCAAGUCCGCGCUGGGCCUGCUCAGGGACAUGGGGGGGCCGACGGACGCAUUUCCCAGGGGCGAGAUGGUCCGGGGCAAGAGCCUGCCCAGCAUCCACAUCGAGGAGCCCGCCCCCCCAGGGCCCGAGGAGGAGGCGGCUCCUUCCGCAGCACUCCCCGCACCCAAGGGGGGCACGGAGGCGGCGCGCAAGCUGCCGGCCGUGCACACACACAGCGUGCCCAACCCCAUCAUCACGGUCACGGAGCACUCGCCCGUCGCCUCCAUCCAGUUUUUCAUCAACCAGGACUCUGCAGAGAGCCCAAAGGAAGAGACUCCGCCCAGUGCGGUGUUUGUGCCCCCCUGCCACCAGCUGUCCAUCACACGCAGCCAGACGGACUCGAACAUCUUGUACAGCAUCGACGACUUCAACGAGGCCUCUGGGUCCACCCACUACAUCACUCUGGACGGACGUAUCAACCUUUUCGUCGUCCUCAAGGCGGUGCACGCGGUGACGCUGCGGGAGACGAGCUGCUCCCUGCGGGUGUGCGGGGCCCUCGUGUCCAUCCUGGAGCUGCUCUUGGGAAUGGACGUGCUGCCCCGGCGGAGGAGCGACGACCCCUGGGAGGACCUGCUGGCACCACGCCCGGACGCUGACCGACGCUCCGACCAGCUCUCCACCCACAACCUGUUCGUCGACAGCAUCGUCAGGGUGAUGAAGCACCUGGGCUGCCCCCACGGCUGCGGGGAGGGCCACCGGUCAUCGAGCGCAGAGACGGUGCGUCGACAAGCCCAGGGUUGCCUGCUGCGCCUGCACAAAGCAGACGAGGCCCAGUUUCGCAGGUUCCUUCGGGAGCUGGUGCGUGAGCGUUCGUUGCCGGAAGUGGUGGACGUCUACCACGCCUUCAUGGGCUUCUGCGCCGAGACCGGCUCGUCCCUGCUCUCGCCCCUGACCCAGAAGCGUACGAGCACGACGAGCAGUCAGGAGGGUGCCACGCACACUGGCUAUGCCAACAACUUUGGAGCUGGCCCCGGGGGCGCUUCGUCCAAGGGCAUCGAGGGGGUCGUGGUCACCUGCACCUUCAAGGCCCUGGUUACCCGGCUGGCACGCUGCGGGAAGGACCUCAAGAACCAGGACAACAUGUCGCUGUACUGUGACCUGCGCCAGCUCAUGAGCUACGUUCACGACAACCAUGGCGGCAUCUUUCGGAGAGUGGCUCUGAGCGGGAUGCUGGACAGUGCAGACCGGCCCAACAAGAAGAAGAACUACGUCCCAGGCACCAGGAUUGUCAGGCACACAAAGUCUCUGGAGCACGAGGAAAUGAGAGACCCUUUGUUCUCGUCGAACGUGUUCAUCAUCGACGAGACUGCGGUUGAAAAGAGCAGCCGAAAGUCCUUCUUCCGCAAGAGAGGUGUGAGGAAGGUGCCCAGUGCCCAGAGCAUUCUGGACGAGAAGGAGGACGUCUCUGCGUGCCCGAGCCCCCUGCCGGGGCAGACCACCCCGUCGUUUCCCCGGCAACACCGGGCCCUGUCCGCCAGGCUCAGUGUUUCGGAAGGAGACAACAUUUCCCUCACCCCCAAGCACAGCAAGGGCUCCAAGUUUCCCCUGGUGGGGUGGCUGCGGGGGGACCGCAGGACGGACACGGGGGAGGAGGAGGCGUCCUCCCCUGGAGGCCUUCCGGCCGACAGUUCACCCGGCGCCGUGGACCGGGUGCCCCGGCGCUCGAGCGCCCUGAACCGGGGCAUGCCGGCCAAGCCUCCGCCCAAGUCGGCCAGUCACAUGAGCCUGACCCUGCUGCGGGCACGCAGGCGCAUGGAGGACCAGCUCUGCAAGCUCGGCUUCGGGCGCAGCAAGAGCAAGCACGGCAGCUUCGAGGAGCCCCCAGACCUGAGCCGCCGCAACUCGUUCGACCUGGACCCGGCCCAGCGGGAGGGGGAGAUGCUGAUGCUGAAGGAGAGCAAGCUGGUGAACAUGCAGCUGGUGCAGGACGGCAUGCUGCGCUUCGCCUUCCUCCAGGAGGUCUGCCAGCCGGGCACCGUGCCAGAUGCCCCGCUGCUGGCCGCAGCCCUCGACCUGAAGGCUCCCGUGGUGUCCCGGGCAGCGCUGUACCUGGAGUGCGCCCACUUCGUGCACCGGUGCAACCGCGGCCAGUGGCCCACCUGGAUGAAGCUGAACCUGCCGGUGUUCCGCCCCUCGGGGCCCCUGGCCAACCGGGGCACCCCGUCGGGCAUGCAUCGCACCCACAUCCUGCAGAGGGCCGCGGGAAAGCUCUUCUUCCAGUGGGCGGAGGCCAUUGGGGCCAGGCUCGAGGAGAUGCUCCAAAGUGAGGUGCUGGACCCUCUGGAGCUGGCGGCCCUGGCUGCAGAUGAACAGAAGCGUCGCCAGUGCAGGAUGGAGGACGAGGAGGAAGACUUUCUGGACGAGGCGAGCAUCGACCCGGCGGGCAGCGGGUGCCCAUUUGCCCUGAAGAUGGCGGCGUGCCAGCUGCUGCUGGAGGUGACGGCGUUCCUGCGAGAGACAUACCAGCUGCUGCCCCACAAGGCCGGCCUGCGCACGUCCACGCGGGAGCGCCCGCCGAUGGAGCCUCGUAGUGUGAACGCCAACCGUCGCUGGAGCAUGGCCCUCAGCACUCUGGGCGUGAGCCAGACCUCGGCCCACAGCCUGGUCUCGCUCGCCGAGCAGACCCACCCAGUUGUGGUAGGAGAGAGAAGGAUCAGCUUUGUGCUGCACGAAGCAGACGCCGAAGGAGAGUCGGAGAACAGCAGCAACAACACGGUCAACGUGCCAGAGGAACUCGUCCUUCCAGACGAAAAACGAGGCCGGCGCAUUGCCCAGGGGCGUCCCCACCUGCUGCGCAGGGCGGGGGGCUCCUGUGCGGGCCACAACUCGAGCUUCAAGCGCUGCAGCCUCAAGCUGAAGAAGCCCGGCGACCGCAAGUCCCGGGCACGUUCCUCGACGUUCGCCGAAGACGAGGAGGAGGGAGGGUUGAGGAGAACGGAGAGCAUCAAGUCCCGGCGCAAGGUGAGCGCGGUCUCUGACCGGAGCGACACGAGCGAGCGGGCGGACGUGAGUGGGGAGGAGAGCCCGGGAGUGCUCAGCGACGAGCCAGCACCAGAGAGCCCCGUGGACCUGCUCGCAGCAGACGGAGAGGACGCCGCCGCCAUCGCCGCCAGGAUGCCCUGGCUCAAGGUCAUAGUCCAACUGUGUGGUACCCUGAACUUCACCUGCACGCACCAGCAGUUUUGCCACUUUACGUGUUACCGGCGACAGAUGAGAGCUUGCAACCGCCUCGCAAAGAGUGUGCGAAAGGUUUAUGGAGACGACUUUGGACUCAUCCAAGACAUUGGGAAGCAGCAGGAAGACAAGGAAGGUGGAAAGAAGGACAAGAAAUUCAAGAAGAUCAUCACGGGCCCCAGCUCGCCGCUGCGACGCAAGGCAAGCCUGGCCCACAACCUGGAGAAGCUGGAACGCGCCCUGGACGGAGCCCGGUCCCUACACAGCAGCGCCACCUGCCUGGUGCACGACGUGGAAGGAGGGCUGACUGCCGGGGGAGGGGCAGAGGGUAAGGCAGAGCCCAGAAAGAGGCCCCGCCCCCUGGCCAGGGACGACAACCCCACCCUCAAGUACCUCAGGACUCAGGUGAUGGGCCUGUUCCACAGCCCCCUAUCGACGCUCAUCAAGGGCAUCGUGGUGGCUUCGGAAGAGACCCUGGUCGAAGCUAUGCCAAUCGCCUGGGAACUCCUGCUUGAGGGCGAUCAGCAGCUGGCUGCAGUUUCGGCUGUAACCUUCAUUCUGGCUGCCGUCAAGGCACCCGAACACGCCUCCGAACUCGUGAGCAGGGAACUGAAGAGCGAGGACACAACACAGAGGGUCAAUGCCCUACUCAGGUUUCAAGCCCUGUGGAAGUUCCGUUACCAGUGCUGGCUCAGGAUGGAAGAGGCGGCACAUUUGGUUUUCAAGGUGCCCCCUCCCACGAUUGAGUUCACCCUGCCGAGCCCCCGCAUUGCCCUGGACUGCGCUCCGGUGGCGGAUCCGCCUUGGAUGCCCCAGGUCAAGACCAAGGUGGAGGAGGUCACCAUCAACCAGGACCAGUCGCGUUCGUUUGUGACGGCGACCCAGACACGGCGUAAGCAGCAGAUGGAGCUGAUUCAUCGGGCACUUCAGGCAGAGGAGGAGAAGAAGUGCAAUGAGCGGGAGAACUUCCACAUCACGGCCGUGGCCGUCAACGUGCUCUCGGCCUACGAGCCGGCACUCUUUCACGCCGUCGAGGAACAUGAGGAAGGGGACGAAGACCAGUUGGCGGAGCGCAGUGCGGCCCAUCCGAUCCACGUGGCCCACGCCUUGUUCCCGUCCUGCCUGUGUUCCGCAGCCGUCUUCAUCAUCAACCUCCUCAACGACGCCGAGGUCAACAUGGACGGCGUUGCCGUGUACGAGGUGGCCUACCAGGUGGUGUGGCGCUGCCUGGUGGAGGACACGGCGCUGUUUCUGCGCCACUUCCUGGAGCGGCUGACCCGGGAGAAGCAGGACACGGUGAUCCAGGUGCUGAGGCGCCUGCUGCGCUUCGUUCCCCGGCUGCCCGCCCAGGCCGCCCACACCCUCUACAACUACCUGGUUGGCUACAUAAUGUUCUACAUCCGAGCUCCCAUUGAAGGUGGCACAGAGCUCAUUGCUAACGCACUUUCCAUACUCUGGCUGGUUGUGCCGAGUGUCCAUGGAUUGUACCUCAAAGACCUCAAACAAGUCUUGAGGAAGGAGCAGUGCGACGCGACCCUGCUCAUCACGGCCAACGUACCGAGCGCCAAAAAGAUCAUCGUCCAUGGACCCGACGUUGGCGGGAUACCUUCCCAGUUCCCAAUUCACGAGGACACACAGUUUCUGCACAUCCUCCAAGACAGCCUCGACUUCUUCAGCAUAGAAGAAAACGAGCACAAGUGUUUCUUUCUGGUGGACACUAAGACAAACCAGAUGCACAACCCCAGCGCCUUUGUCCGAGACUUCUACUUCUUCAAGCGGUCGCAGUAUCCUCAACUGACCCUCCUCAAAAUGGAUCCGGAGGAAGCGUUCCAGGCCGGGCAGCAGCAGGCAUUUUACCUGCAUUUCGUUGAAGUUGGCAAGGUUCUGAUGAGCCUGGCCAUCCUGAGGACCAGCCACCAGCUGGCGCCGAGGGUCCUGUUCCUGCAUGACGAGCUCACCAAGCUGCCCUCGUUUCCCCGGAAGGCCCUGGAGGCUGACUUCGAGCUCUACACCGGCAAGUUCGGAAAAGAACUUCUAGGAAUGGAUACACUGCACAAGAUGGUCUGGGUGAAACUGAUGGCUCGAAUGUUCGAGGCGAUGGCGGGGUUCUUCGCCCACUCGUCGGACAUCCACCUGUUUCUCAACGUGGUCAACGGGGCGCUGGUGCUCCACCCGGAGGAUGCCACCAUCCUCCGCCUCUGCAUGGCCACCUACAUCAACGCGGCACACCAGUUUAGGAACAUCUUUGCCUCCAAUGGUUAUUUGCUGAUUAUGCCGACUAUCCUCCAAAUCUACUCCAACCAUCAGACCAAUGGACUGCUGUGCAGGACAGUGGAGUUCAUCUGCAAGCAGUUCUAUAUCAUGCACAGGAAACCCUUCAUUCUCCAGAUGUUUGGUAGCGUUGCACCGCUGUUGGACCUUGAUGUUAACAGUAACUUCGGAGAUGCAAACAAGAUGCAGCCCAAGGCCCUGUUCCAGCUGCUGCAGUCCCUGGCCCAGUACAUUGUAGAUCCCCUGGAUAUCCUGGAGCUGGUGGAUGCAGAGAAGCCCUUGCGGGCACUGGACUUCUGCUACCAGAUGGACCCGGACACCCUGACCAUUCUGGACGCCGUCUCCCUCUGCGUCACCGUCGUGUCCUACGCCUCGGACUCUCAUCGGGGACACCAGAUGCUGACAAUCCUGGAGGCGGUGCUGCCCUUUUACCUGCACCAUCUGCAGUCACUGACGACGAGGAAGGAAACGCCUGGGGGUCCCCGCACGGAGCUGCAGAUGAUCCACAGCGUGUCCGUCUGCAUGAAGACACUCAUCAGCAACUGUGAAGCCCUCACCAGGAACUAUACGGGGCCUCAGAAAGCGAUUGACCUGAGGGGUUCUAGCAUCAAGAAUGCCUCACGAGGUGCUUGUUCGCCUCCCUUCGAAGUCGAGGAGGACCUGCCGUCCAGGUUUGUGAACGAGACACUGUACGGGGCGCGCAAGCCCGCCCUGGGCUACGAGCGUGGGGAGGACGAGGACAGCGACCUGGUGCGACUGGAGUUCCGCCAGCCGAGGGACACUCUCCUGUGCGUGGUGGCCGAGUUCCUCACCAAGUGCUCGGCCCGCCUGGCCGACCUCAGCAAGAAGAUCCCGGACCUGCCCAGCAAGGCCACCGAGUUGCUCGACGUCAAGUGUCACCUGCGACUAGCCGAAGUGGCCCACAGCCUGCUCAAGAUGGCCCCUUACGACCCCCAGACGAUGGCGUGCCGGGGCCUGCGGCGCUACCUCAACGAGGUGCUCCCGCAGUCGGAGUGGGCCCAGGAGGCCAUGCGCCCGGCACUCAUUAUGGUCAUACGCCGGCUCGACAAGACCUUCACCAAGAUCGCCAAGAAGCCGGCCAUACGGAGGCUGGUUGACUGGGAAGCAGCUCGCAACCUUCUCAAGGGGGUCUACAUGACCCUGUUCAAGCACCCAUACAUUGCCCAUCUGCCACACCUCAAGUCGCUGGUCGCCAUCUGCCAGAGCAUCAUCGUGGGAGAUCAGAACGCCUCGCUGGUAGCCGAGAGCAGCGGCAACGUGUCGGUCUCUGCCGCAGCCCUGGCUCAGUCCCCGCCUCCGGGCUUCUGCUCGGUGGCCGUGCGCCUCGUCACCAUGCAGAUGAUCGCCCUCGGGGAGUCGCUCUCUCUCGAAAGCAUCUGUGGAGGAUCGUCUAUCCUGUCAAGCACAGACAAGACGGAAAUUUUUUUGAUGAAUUUCAUUCUUCCGCUCUGCAUACGGGUCAGCAGCGGAGUCAAAGGUGGGUUGAUGUGCUGUCUGCAUGCAUUCGGAGAAAGAAAAUUGAAUCUCUUAUACUCGCCAUACUGA